AUCACUUCUUAUUGCUCCUUUCUAACAUUUCAUUUUAUUUAAGGUUUUCAUGAUGGAACCUAAGUUUACACAAGAACGACUAUGUGUUUUAAGUCAAUGCUGAUGAUACUUUCUACGUCCUGGUGUGGUGGUCUUGAGCUUUUGCUCGAAAGCAACAUAAAAUGGAUCUGAAGGAAAGCUGUCCAAGUGUUAGCAUUCCCAGCUCUGAUGAACACAGAGUGAAGAAAAAAAGAUUCACUGUCUACAAAGUCUUGGUCUCAGUUGGCACUAAUGAAUGGUUUGUCUUCAGGCGAUAUGCUGAGUUUGACAAGCUGUAUAAUACACUAAGGAAACAAUUUCCUACAAUGAAUUUGAGAAUUCCUGCUAAGAGAAUAUUUGGAGAUAAUUUUGAUCCUGGACAAUGUAUCACUCUGCUAAUAUUAAUCAAAAUAGAUUUUAUUAAACAAAGAAGAGCAGGAUUGAAUGAAUUCAUUCAGAAUUUAGUUCGACAGCCUGAGCUUUGCAAUCAUCCAGAUGUAAGAUCAUUUCUUCAGAUGGACAAUCCAAAGCACCAAUAUGAUCCAUCUGAAGAUGAGGAUGAAAGAAACAGUCAAAAGCUAAAUUCUACCUCACAGAACAUCAACUUGGGGCCAUCUGGAAAUCCUCAUGCUAAACCAACAGACUUUGACUUUCUGAAAGUUAUUGGGAAGGGCAGCUUUGGCAAGGUUCUUCUUGCAAAACGAAAAUGGGAUGGAAAGUUCUAUGCUGUUAAAGUGCUGCAGAAGAAAAUUGUCCUAAACAGGAAAGAGCAAAAACAUAUCAUGGCUGAACGCAACGUGCUCUUGAAAAAUGUGAAACAUCCAUUCUUAGUUGGACUGCAUUAUUCAUUCCAAACCACAGAGAAGCUGUACUUUGUUCUGGAUUUUGUUAAUGGAGGAGAGCUCUUCUUUCACUUACAAAAAGAACACACCUUUCCUGAACACAGAGCCAAAUUUUAUGCUGCUGAAAUAGCCAGUGCACUGGGCUAUUUGCACUCCUUAAAAAUUGUAUACAGGGAUCUGAAGCCAGAAAAUAUUCUUCUAGAUUCAUUGGGGCAUGUUGUCUUAACAGAUUUUGGACUCUGUAAAGAAGGAAUUGCUACUUCAGAUACAACUGCAACAUUUUGUGGAACUCCAGAGUACCUGGCUCCAGAGGUAAUCCGAAAGCAACCCUAUGAUAACACUGUAGACUGGUGGUGUCUUGGAGCUGUUUUGUAUGAAAUGCUGUAUGGUCUGCCGCCCUUUUACUGCCGUGAUGUUGCUGAGAUGUAUGAAAACAUUCUUCAUAAACCUCUCCAUUUAAGGCCAGGUGUCAGUCUUACAGCUUGGUCUAUUCUGGAAGAACUCUUGGAGAAGGAAAGACAGAACAGACUAGGAUCUAAAGAAGACUUUGUUGAAAUUCAAAGGCAUCCGUUCUUUGAAUCUGUCAGUUGGAAUGACCUCUUACAAAAAAAGAUUCCGCCACCAUUUAAUCCUAAUGUGUUUGGUCCAGAUGACAUCAGGAAUUUUGAUGCAACAUUUACGGAAGAGAUGGUACCCUGCUCCAUUUGCAUUUCUUCUGAUUAUAAUAUUGUAAAUGCUAGUGUACUGGAAGCAGAUGAUGCAUUCAUUGGAUUUUCUUAUGCACCACCUUCUGAAGACUUAUUUCAUUAAGCUGAAGAUUGGAACAUUGGAAACUAUCUCUAGAGUGAUGAAAUUAUAUGAUUAUAAACAGUUUCUGAAAUAUAUGCUACAAGUGCCUAAUUUGAUCUGCUGAAGAAUGAACUUUUUCUGCUGUAUUAUGAGGAUAAUGGGCAUUUUGCAUUCCAUUUUUAGAAUGUUAAAUAUGCUGCACAAAUUUUUUUUUAACAAUGCAUUUAAGUAAAAGUUCCUAACCUUGAAACUUUUUAAA